AUGGAAUCGACUGACCUCGACCCCAAUCUGAUUUCCCGUCCCCUUGAUCCUUUUUUUUUUGACCUGGAGCAGCCCGACUAUCGGCAUGCUGGGCCAGAGCUCACCAAGGUCGCCGAAUAUCUGCGCUCCUCGGCAGCCGAGCUCAAGGUCAAGCCGGGAAUCUGGAACGGAAAGCGGGUUGAUUAUUUCAAGGGAAAGCAUGCCGUCAAUGCCCUGAACCGUGCCCCUUACAAGAAGAUCUCGGGUGUCCCGGCGGUGGAAGGACGAUCCCAGGGCGAGGUGCUGCUGACCAAGAUGCACUUUGCCGGCUUCUUUGUCAAGAUCGAGCGCGGCGCCAAGUUGCAAGUCCAGAUCUCGCAGCAGCAAGCCUUCCACCCGGACGAAUACUACAUCUGGCUGUACGAGGGACCACAGUGGAAGGGCCUGGCGCUGGGCACGGGCGUCCUGGCCCUGGUCUUUGCCGGCGUUCUGUUCCCGCUGUGGCCCGAGACGCUCCGAACGGGCGUCUACUACCUCUCGCUAGGUGUCCUGGGCCUCAUGGGAGUCUUUUUCGGAAUGACGAUCGUUCGGCUGCUCAUUUGGCUGGUGACCCUGCUUGUCCUGGGUCAAGGCGGCCUGCUCUUCCCCAACCUGUUUGAGGACGUGAGCGUGAUCGAUAGUUUCAUUCCUGUUUGGGGGUAA